UAUUAUUUUAGAUAUGGCGGACCAGACUGCACUAGAGGAAGUUUUGAGACAGAUCCCAGUUGUUGGUAUGAACAAAAUCGGGUACCAUUACUUGUUGGGUACAUUGGCUAUGGAUGAACUAGACUUAACAAAAUACGAAUAUGGCGGCGCCAAUGUGACGGGUUUUAAUCUCCUCAAUUAUUCCGACUCCACACUGAGAAGGUUCCUGAGAGGCUGGAGAAAAGAGAGCCCAGCAAAAUAUUAUGGAGCCGGCACAAACAGGAUACAGCUUCAAUCAGCAUUACUAGUGGACUCCGUGUCUGUACUGGCGAAUGCGUUUAACUACAUGAUGGAGAGGAACCCGAGCAUAUUUCGAGGCAUAUUUCGUGACGGGGUAGUAUAUAACAACGAUGCGCCUGGUAUACUAUGUCGGUCCCCGUCCCCCUUUCCAUGGCACCUUGGGAAUGAGAUAAUAAGUGCCAUAAAACAGUCACAUGUUUCCGGGCUGUCUGGAAAGAUAGUCUUCGACAGAACUGGCAAGAGGAAGAACUUUACCCUUAGCGUCACAGAUGUUUCGCUUAAAGGCCGAAGCAAGGUCGGAGAGUGGUCGCGUGAGCGCGGAUUCAAAGGCCCGAACUGGUUUGACACACCCAAGAAAAACGUCACUCACAGGGGGAAUGGCUCCUAUAUCAUUACAAUGAACGAGGAAGAGCCGUACGUGAUGUGGAAAAAACAGGACAACGGGGAGCCGCUGGUGGGCAAUGACAGGUUUGAGGGCUACUGUGUGGACCUGACCAGGGAACUGGCCGCAAUCGCUAACUUCAGAUACACCAUAAAAUUGGUGGACGACAAAAUGUACGGGGAAUAUAAUGGCACACAUUGGGACGGUAUGAUCGGCGAGCUGACUCGAGGGGAGGCGGACAUGGCUAUCAGCUCGUUAACAAUCACAGCCCAGCGUCAGCGGGUCGUCGAUUUCUCUAAACCUUUCAUGAGGACAGGGGUCAGCAUCAUGAUUAAAAAACCAGAAAAAGAGAAACCCGGGGUGUUCUCCUUCUUGGACCCUCUCGAUGAGAAAAUCUGGAUGAGCAUCGCUUUUGCCUUUGUCGGUGUCAGCGUCGUCAUGUUCCUCGUGUGCCGGAUAAGCCCUCUGGAGUGGAACAAUGAGGCCCAGAAUGGAGAGGUGAUUGAAUUAGAGACUGUAUUUUCACUGAAGAACAGCUUGUGGUUUUCCUUUGGGGCUGUCAUGCAGCAAGGAGCAGAUGUUUUCCCCAAGUCGCUAUCUGGUCGUCUGGUAGGAACCGUAUGGUGGUUCUUCUCGCUCAUCAUCAUCUCAUCCUACACCGCUAACCUCGCCGCAUUCCUCACUAUAGAACGAACAAAUCCACGGAUAAGAUCUGCCGAAGAUCUGGCUCAACAAACAGAAAUUGAAUACGGAUGCAUGGAGGGGGGAUCAACAGCGAAAUUUUUUAAAAACUCUCAGUUUAAAACCUACCAAAAUAUGUGGGCUUUCAUGACUUCAAGACCAGGAGUUUUUGUAAAAAGCACCGACGAAGGAUUAAAGAAACUUAGAGAGUCGAAAGGAAAAUAUGCUUUUCUAUUAGAAUCUACAACAAACGACUAUAAAAACCAAAAGAAGCCUUGUGAUACCAUGAUGGUUGGACCUAAUAUUCAAAACAAAGGCUAUGGCGUGGCUACGGCCGUUGGUCUUGAGCCGGAGAACCUCAGGGAAAAAAUUAAUCUGGCUAUUUUACAAUUAGAUGAGCGCGGUAUUUUAACGAAGUUGAAGAAAAAGUGGUGGUAUGACAAGGGUGAAUGUGCCCAAAAGCCGGAUUCCAAAACAAACCCGCUAAAACUGAAUAAUGUGGCAGGCGUAUUUUAUAUUCUGAUUGGAGGACUUAUGCUUGCUAUGCUGGUCUCGUUAUUUGAAUUCCUUUACAAUGCAAGAAAAGAAGCUAAAAGAUCAAAGGGUUCAUUUAAAAACGCCGUACGCUCUAAGGCCCGGCUAUCUAUUGCUGGCCCAGGAGAACACGAAGGGGACUAUGCUGAAGAAUGUGUCGCGCCUCCUCCUUCCUAUGGAGCUGCGCAGAUGGGGUACAUACCGUCACAAACUAUGGUAACCUUCAGAGGAACUGAGAGAAAAACGGAUACUGAAGUUUAGAGAAU